UGCCAGAGGUGCCUGGAAUAACACUCACUGCAGGCAGCAUGAGACAUUCUGUGCCAGCCUCUCUGUCCUGCUGGCAAAGACCGUAGCUCUCCAGGUAGGAGGGUCCUGGGGACAGCAAGUGCUGGGAGCCUCACUCAAGGGAGAAUGGGGCCACGUGUGAACUCUCUACAGUGAACACGAUUUUCAGCUUAUGAAGGAAUUUUAAGUAAAAUAAUUAAUAAAAUAAUUUAAUAUCCACAUAUUCAAGUUCAAAAGCCUUCUAUGUGAAGUGCCAGCAGUCACCCCCUCCACAGGAGUAAUUAGGACUUUUUUGGCACCAAGUCGAACUCUUCUCGGUACUUCUGGCAGUGACAGAGCUGUAAGACAGAUUUAUCUGCUAAGUGCUCUUGGGCAAGGAAAAAAGUGUAACCUCUGGAAGCAGCAUCAGGACAGCAGAGCGGAGGCCGUCCCCGCUGCCCACUUGUACAGGAACCCGGCCUGGCCUUGGAUGCUUUCACUGAAGAUCUGUUCUGCCUCGUUCGCCACCCAAGUCCAUCUGUUUCGGGGAGACCUGCCAUUUUGGAUGCCCCUCAUGGUCCUUUUCGCCAGUCAUUCUCCUCCCAAGCCUUCUGUUCGGGCACGUGAAUGAUGUGAGCCUUGGAAUGGAGUUUGCUACCUCUCGGGGACCCGCUUCCUUGCCCAGGCUGGCGCUGCCGGAAAGGCCCGUCUGAGGGCUGUGGUUUGUUCUCGAGACGGAGGGCACUGGCCUUGGCUGAGUCGUCCACCAUGUUCCUGCUGCUGCCUUUUGAUAGCCUGAUUGUCAACCUCCUGGGCAUCUCCCUGACUGUCCUCUUCACCCUGCUUCUCGUUUUCAUCAUAGUCCCAGCCAUUUUUGGCGUCUCCUUUGGUAUCCGAAAGCUCUACAUGAAAACUUUGUUGAAAAUCUUUGCGUGGGCCACCUUGAGAAUGGAGAGGGGCGCCAAGGAGAAGAACCACCAGCUGUACAAGCCCUACACCAACGGAAUCAUUGCGAAAGAUCCCACUUCACUAGAAGAAGAGAUCAAAGAAAUUCGUCGAAGUGGCAGUAGUAAGGCUCUGGAUAACACUCCAGAGUUUGAGCUCUCCGACAUUUUCUACUUCUGCCGGAAAGGAAUGGAGACCAUUAUGGAUGACGAGGUGACAAAGAGAUUUUCAGCAGAGGAGUUGGAGUCCUGGAACCUGCUGAGCAGAACCAAUUACAACUUCCAGUACAUCAGCCUCCGGCUCACUGUCCUGUGGGGCUUGGGCGUGCUCAUUCGGUACUGCUUCCUCCUGCCUCUCAGGAUAGCUCUCGCGUUCACGGGUAUCAGCCUUCUGGUGGUGGGCACAACCGUGGUGGGAUACUUGCCAAACGGGAGGUUUAAGGAGUUCCUGAGUAAACAUGUCCACUUAAUGUGCUACCGGAUCUGUGUGCGAGCACUGACAGCCAUCAUUACCUACCACGACAGGGAAAACAGACCAAGAAACGGCGGCAUCUGUGUGGCCAAUCACACCUCUCCUAUUGACGUGAUCAUUUUGGCUAGUGACGGCUAUUACGCCAUGGUGGGCCAGGUGCACGGUGGACUAAUGGGCGUGAUCCAGAGAGCCAUGGUGAAGGCCUGCCCACACGUCUGGUUCGAGCGCUCCGAGGUGAAGGACCGCCACCUGGUGGCCAAGAGACUGACUGAACACGUGCGAGAUAAAAGCAAGCUGCCUAUCCUCAUCUUCCCAGAAGGAACCUGCAUCAAUAAUACAUCGGUGAUGAUGUUCAAAAAGGGAAGUUUUGAAAUUGGAGCCACGGUUUACCCUGUUGCUAUCAAGUACGACCCUCAGUUCGGAGACGCCUUCUGGAACAGCAGCAAAUACGGGAUGGUGACGUACCUGCUGAGGAUGAUGACCAGCUGGGCCAUCGUCUGCAGCGUCUGGUACCUGCCCCCCAUGACCCGAGAGGCAGAUGAGGACGCCGUGCAGUUUGCAAACAGGGUGAAGUCCGCCAUCGCCAGGCAGGGAGGCCUCGUGGACCUGCUGUGGGACGGCGGCCUGAAGAGGGAGAAGGUGAAGGACACGUUCAAAGAGGAGCAGCAGAAGCUGUACAGCAAGAUGAUCGUCGGGAACCAUGAGGACCGGAGCCGCUCCUGAGCGCCCGGAGCCCGCGGGGCCGGCCCGCCGCCGCCCCACUGCCGCCCUUCCACCUCGGCCCUCCGCAGCUCUGCGCCCCCGCACGCGGCGCCCAGGGCGGUGCCUUCCUGUCUCCUUGGCGGUGUCGUGGGAGGAACCCGUGGAAUCCGCUCCAGCCGCGUUCUCGCGUGAGGGCGGCCGGACGCUGGUCUGUGGCGAGUGCCCGUGUGCCGGGGCCUCGCCGGGGCGCCUGCCCCUGAGCAAGCUCUGCGCCCUCGGCCUCGCCCCCGCCCGCGCGGAGCUCCGAAGACCUGUGCAGAGAACAGUGCUGUCCGCAGGGCUUUCGACAAAAUGGAGUUGUUAGUUUUGUUCCACUGCCCGUGGAGGGUCCCCGAGGGGUGGGGGAGGCCGGGUGGGCCACUGAGUGUUGUGGUGAGACCCGAGAGUCAUUUCUGUGUUCAGACUCCAGGGCCGAGUCUGAAUUCCCCAUGUGACUUGCUCUUUGUUUAACGUGUGCCUCAGUUUCCCCGUCUGUGACAUGGGUCAGGAGGGGAAGGGUGGCGACGCCUACCUCACAGGGUUGUUGUGGGGAUUACCGUGCUGCUGUGAGAGAAGGACACGUGCUGUUCAGUGUUACAGGUACGGGCCACGCACGUGGCAGGACGGGCUGAGCUCAGCCGCCACACGGCGCUGGGUUUGCUUUUGUGAGUAAAUAAAGUGGAUGGUGAAUGGA